AUGGAUUUAAACUCAGCAUCACCUUGUGACCUGCAAAAGUUGCCAGGUGUAGGCAGUGUAACCGCGCGUUUGAUCAUUGAGUGUCGUCCCUUUUCAUCGGUAGAGGAUUUGCUGCGUGUAAAAGGUAUUGGUCCUGUCAAACUCGCAGCUAUUACAGCACAUAGGCAAGUUUACGUGGACGAAAAUCCUUUCGAGACAUUGAAAUUCAAGACAAAUGCCGUACAAAUCGACCUGAACGCUGCGUCUAACAAACAAUUACAGCAGCUUAAAGGGGUCGGUCCAGUCUUGGCGCAACGGAUUAUUGAAGCGAGACCGUUUCAUCGGAAGGAAGAUCUGCUGGCCGUAAAAGGCAUUAGUUCCAAAGCUUACGUGAAAUUACAAGCUGGUGCUCAUGUGAGACAGAAAGACUCAGGCUUACUACAGCAUGAAGGCUAUAGGGAGAAUUGCGAGGAGCUUGACCGUGACUACGAGCAGAACUUUCGAUUUUGCCGGGAGAUUGAAAGGGACGUUCGUCGAAGCGUGUUCCCGAUACCGAACCACGACGGCAGUGACGAUCGAGCAUUAAUUGUGGCAAGCUGGAACAUUCGCAACAUUUCCCGACGAAAGGAGACAUUUCUCCUGCAGCGUAUUGCUGAUGUUUUGAGUGAGUUCGACCUUGUCGCAUUGCAGGAGGUGCGAGACUUGAUUGUUCUCAAGAGGUUGAAGACAAUGCUGCCCGGAUGGGGAUAUAUUGUGUCGGAUCCUGUAGGGCGCAAGUCACCGGGGAUGAAAUUGAGGACUGAGCGGUAUGCCUUCUUUUACAGACGUUGUGUCGUUCGACUCGUUGACAAAUGCGCGCUGAUGGAAGAUAGAAACAACGUGUUUACAAGGCUACCGUGUGUUGCCACUUUUCGAGCGACGAAAGAGUCAGGGGUAUCGAACUUGAAGCUUACGUUGAUGAACGUACACGUGACUUUUGGUGAGAAAGAACGUCGUCAUGAUGAAGUCGUGGAGAUUAAUCGGUUGGCAAAUGAGAUAAGCCCAUCUCCUCCAAAUGGAAGGAAGGUGGUGGUGCUAGGAGACUUCAACUUGUCGCCGCAAGACGUAUUGGGGAGUCUUGGAUCGCACAAGAUGGCUUUAAUCCGUUCGCCCCUUACGACAACUGUGUUCGGUAAACUUUAUGACAACAUUUGGCUCGCCCGCGAAGACUUCAGCAGUCGAAACGGGUUCGAUGAGGAGAGUGAGUACUUUGUGAACAGCGGAGUUCUUCGUGUAGACUGGCGAUACUAUCCGUGUUCAAAAAGCAGUCGUGCUUCCAUUCAAAACCCGAUGGAUGCGAUGCUUCCCCGGUUACAAACGUAUAUGUCGCGGGUCCAGUGCGGCUACGAACUAUCGGAUCAUUGUCCUGCUUGGGUAGCAUUCACUCCAAGCAAGCGUAAACAUAUCAGUUGA